CAGAGAAUUCAAUGGCCACCAGUCCAAAAACAAACCAUGCCAAAUGUUUCAAAUGUAAAAAGUCAGCUGACUUCGUGUGUGAGACUUGUGAGGACAAAUUGUGUAAUAAAUGUCAGAAACAACACAUCAAAUCCAAAUCAACAAAGAACCACCAAGUCUGUCCAUUAUCUGAGUGGAACACAUCUAGCAAAGAUGACACAUGUAUUGAGCACCCCUCCAACAAAUUUGAUAUGUGUUGUAAAGACUGUGAACUUCCCGUGUGUACUAAAUGCAUCACAGAAAAGCAUGUAGGUCAUGUAUUUGUUGAAAAGGACAAAAUGUAUAAUCUAAAAAGAGAAACAAUAGUGUCCCAUAUCGCAACCCUGAAGAAUAAACUUGUACCAAAGUGUAAAGAUCAGCACAAUGAGGUUCUGGAAAACAUUACCAAAUGUAAGCAAGUUAUGGCCAACAUCCGCAUUGGCAUCAAAGAAAAGGCUCAAGAAAUCAAAGAUAUGGUUGAUGCAGUGUUGAAGAAGAAUUUGUCAAUGUUGGAAAGGAUGGAAAUUUCAUUGCUGCAGAAACUUCUGCUAGAGGAAAGAGUGAUCAGUGACCAACUAACAUCCCUGACAGAAAUGCUGGAUGAUUUGGAACAUAAGCUGGAGACCAGCACCCCUACCCAGAUGAUGAUGACACGUCCUAAGUUGACUGUGAAGGAGGAGGACAUCCCCCACCCCAAGAAAAUUGUAUUUCCUGAAUACCACAAGAAGUCUGUUACAGAAGACAAGAUUGCCAAACUUUUUGGAGAGAUCAUUGAUUCUCCUGAUGCUACUGAAGUGCCAGUGACUCCAGUCACAAAUUUAGAGAACCUAUACAACAAUAUGACAUUUUCUUUGGGAAAAGUGAUGGGCAUGACACCUCCAGGAAUUCAAUAUGGCCGACACAUCAGCUGCAUGAAAGAUGGCCGUGCAUGGGUGAGUGAUCGGUCAAGCCAUAUGAUUUUAUUGAAUAUUCAUGGAAAGACUUUAGAUGAACUGUCACUUAAGAGUAAAGGGGAUGGCUACCACUGUGCCACAAUUAACAACAAUCUACUCUAUAUUGACAAAGGAAUGAAAAGGGUUAACAGAUUUCUCCCUCAAGAAAAGAAAGUAGAGAGCCUUUUUGCCACCCCUCAAAACUGGGCUUCCAUCAGUAUCCACUCCUCUUGGAUCAAUGAAGACAUUUUAAUCGGGAUGUACACCAAACAGGAAGCUAAAAUCGUUCGCUUCGACAGCACUGGCAGAGAACUUGCUCAGAUUAAGCAAAAUCAAAAAACUGGAGAAAACCUCUUUUGCUACCCCCACUACAUAACAGAAGGUCCUACUGGAGAUAUCUGCACCUCUGACUUUGAAAAAUUUUCUGUGAUUGGGGUCAACAGGGAGGGCCAACACAAAUUCACCUACAGAGGAUCCAAGAAGAACCAGUUUUUCCCCCAUGGGAUCUGUACUGACAAUGUAGGAAAUAUCCUUGUUUGUGAUAACCAGUGCCAAUACAGGAUUCACAUGCUGAACCCAGAUGGAGUUUUCUUGCGUUUCCUCCUGUCCAAGGAAGAUGGUAUUCUUGAGCCCUUGGGUCUAUGUCUGGAUGACAGUAAUAACCUCUGGCUAGGUCAAAGAGGAAGUGAAUCAGUGACUGUAUUCAAAUAUAAACAGCAGGAAAAUGAAAAUCUGUACAUGUAAAUAUUAUUAGCAGAGUAAAAUAAGUUGUUUGAAUAACAUC